AUGAAGCAGCGCGGCUCUAAGACCAACUGGGACUUCCAGCAAGAAAAACACUUCGGAGACGGUUUCAAAGCCUUGAAACGCGAAGCUAUGCUGCCGGCCAGGCUUCACCGGAUGAUCGACGAGCUGCGAAAAUGGAUGCCCUUCACCCCGUCAGCCAGGGUUGUAUGCUUUGGCAUCACCUAUGACGCAUCCGAUGAAGCACAGCGUGAGGCCUUCAUGGAGGACUUCCGGUCACGUAUCCUCCUGACCUACCGCUCUGGGUUAGAGCCCCCCUUGGAGCUGGCAGGGGGAGGAACCAAAAGCUCCGAUUCAGGGUGGGGCUGCAUGCUCCGAGUCACGCAGAUGAUGUUGGCACAGUGCUUCGUCACGCUGAGCCUAGGCCGAGCAUGGCGAUUCUCUGAGGCAGAAGAUCUCGCAGAAGGCUCUUUAUAUUUGCGCAUUGUCAGCUGCUUCCUGGACACCCCGGCUGCACCGUUUUCGCUGCACCGCCUCGUCGAGACAGGGCAGCAGGUGCUGGGCAAGGAGCCUUCGACGUGGUUUGGCCCAACAUCCGCAGCACAAGCAGUUGGCCACUUGUUCCAGGACUUGAAGUCCAAGGCCUCAGGCGCUCCCGAGUUUCUGAGAGGCGUGGACUGUGCAGUGUUUGUGGAUGGGCCCAUCUAUAAGACCAAUGUGAUCGAAUUAUUCGACGGUGGCAGCUCUGCGGUGAUUUUGUUUGUUUGCCGUCGGCUUGGGCUAGAAGAAUUCAAUCUGGAGGAAUACCGAGAAGGUUUGGAAAGCUGCUUUCAGCUCCCUGAAUUUCAGGGUUUAGCGAGUGGCAACAGCUCCUCGUCGGCGCACUUCUUUGUGGCAACCCACGGCGAAGACAGCAUGCUUUUUCUUGACCCGCACACGACCUCUCCUGCACUGCGUGUGGAAGGGGAUGUCGUGGCAGCGCACGGGCUGCGUCCAGAGAGAGCUCUGCGGUUGCCGUGGUCAAACCUCAAUCCAUCAAUUUGUGUGGCAUUCCUGGUGCGUUCCAAGGUUGAGCUUCUGCCCCAGUGUUUGCAUGUAGGUCAUCCAAUUGACGACUUGCAGAUUUGGGCUCAAGAGCAGCACGUCCGCUUUGCAAGCUCCUGUACAGCGCUUCGACUCGAUAAUGCGGAACCGAUCGCCAGCUUCUCUGAGACGGACAUUUGUGCUAACUUUCAUGCCGCGGAUGCACAUGGCAUGCGCCAUGUCGCCAAUGAGGCAACACUGGCGAGUUGGAUCCGCGCAGGUAUCCAGGUUCCACAUGAAUGGAUGCCGAACGACUUAGUUUGGGAGGAGAUGCUGAAAAGCUUCAAGUCGGGAGAUCCGGAAGGGCGCGACAGACUUAUGAAGUACAACAGUUUCCGUGCACAGUUUGUUGCGGACUUGCUCUGCUUCACGGCCAUGCACGCGUGCCCUCAGUGCUCUGCCAGUGCCAUGGGCUCCACGAAGCCUUCAAGCGAUCUUGACGUGUCGGUCACGGCAGCGAAAACAACUGCCAACUCUGGGCCAGAUGUACUGGUCAAGCGAUUUAAUGAAGAGUUUGCGUCAGCGUGGGGUUUGGCCCAAGAUGGUCUUGGCAUGACUUCCGCCGAAAAGUUCGACACGAACAUAUACGGUUUCGCAUGGUUUGAGGCCACCCCGGGCACAUAUGACUCUGGGACGACAUCUGCGGAGCCGGGGGAGCUGCAAAAGCCUUGUCAUGCGGUCCAAGAGUACACUGGAGUCCGCGACCCGAACAACAUCUCCUCUUGGCGACUUCGAAGAUUCAGCGCCGCUGACAACCCACACAGUGGCGAUGGCAUCGGCGCGCAGGACACGGAAGACCAACACAGCUUUGGCAUGGCCAAGCUUCUAUAUUACUUGCGAGAGUAUGGACGUGAAGGCGGCAUAGCUGCAUGCAGUACCGCCUCCGCAGAGGAGGCUGAUAUUGCCACCACAUUGGAUGACGGCACCAAUUUCACAGGAAUUGGUGGUUGUGGAGGUGAACUUGUGUGCACACCCAUCUGCGAGUUCUGGCACCAGCUUCGCCGCGCCAUCAUCCUGCAGGAAAUGACGCCUUUGUACUCCAAAAUCCAAGCGCUGACGCGUGCAGCAAGAGACAUCAUGUCAAACCUUCUGGCGUCACAUGCAAAGCGUGCCCGUGAACUGCUUCCUGGCAAGGAGGUCAGCUCGCGGCUAUGGCAGGAUCAGAUCAUGGUGCGCAACAUGAUGUAUGCGGAGAAGCUCUCGCGUGUGUAUGCUUUGGAGCGACAGCUGACCCGCAGUGGACCACGAGCCGAGAGGCUCAGCCAAUGUGCCCAACUGCGCCGGUCGAUCACGGAGUCCCUGGCCUACGGUAUCGAGACGUACUGGACCCAGGGUGCCUUUGAUUCUGUGGUUGGCCGCCUGCAAUUGAACCUAUUGCAGCCUUGCGUGAAUGGUUCGUCAUGUGAGCUGCAAAUCAGCAAGGCGGGAUUCUUGGAUUCCCUCUUGGAGAACCUGGCAGACAUCUUCAAAGAGCUAUCGCACAACCACAAGGAGUUUAAGGAUGCCGAAGACAAAGCGCGCCACUUUUUCCCUGAUCUCAGUUCGAAGGAACUUGCCAGAAAGCUUGACAUCGUGUGCCGGCAGCCCGAGAUGUGUGAGGCUGCCACAACAGGACAGUGUGAUGACUCGCAGCUUUGCUCAUUGUGUGUUGCGUGGCCCUCGCGAGACGACAGCUCUGAGACAGAGUGCGUGCCACGGACCAGUAUUCCCUUCUUCCACUUCCUUGUCGAAGGCUCCAAGUACAUGAGCCGGGCCUGGCAAAUGAUCCGCUUCAGUGGCACUCGAGUUCCCAACAACGAUAACGUCCGAGAGAAGGACGAGGUGGCCGAGAGUGCCGCGUACAUGGCUGCCUGCACCACAGCAUAUGCCAAUGAGCUGCAGGCAGAUUGGCGAGGCACGGGUCGGCAGGUGCCCCUUGACGUGCUGAGAGGGCGGCUGCUGUGCUGGGGGACCGGAUGGGUGCAAGACUUCAAUGGCUUGGCAAGAGACAUGAAGGCUGAGUUUUUUGAUCUCGGCAUCGCUCCAGCCUUGUGCAGAAUUGAAAAGAAGCGGUUCGGUAGUCCACGGGAGCAGGUCUUCGAGGUGCUGGAGAGGCAGCCCACAUACUGCGGCAGUUUGGAUGAGAUCACCGAACAAGACGAUUUGGCACGACAUGGCACGACGGAAGGAUGUUCCGAGGACGGUAAGGAAGGAGGGGGCAGCGAUGUGGGCGGAAAGUGGGAGCAGUGGCGGAGCAGGGCCUGGGGCCAGCAACACAGCUGUGACAUGAAGGUUUGUAUUGAGAAUGUUUGUGUUUUCGCCGGCCGUGCCGGCUGCGUAAAGCGAGUCUCGCUACCAAGUGUCGACCUCAAAGUCAGCACGAUUCGGGUAAGCAGCUUGGUGCUCUACAGGCAUGUAUGGGCACAGCGUCAAGCGGAUAGCGUAGACGAGAGUUUGUCAGACACCCUUGGGGAGACGGUGGCUCUUUCCUGGACGUGGCUCAUGACAGCGGACAACAACACGGUGCAAAAUGCAAUUGUCGUCUUUCAGGGUGACGGCGUCCACUGUACAGGCUACCAGAAGCCUGAGCAGCUUGGCAUCAAGGCGUUCGCAUCCUUUAUCUCACUCGUGUUCAUCCACCAUCCACCAGUGCACUUUCCCUCAACCUUAACCUUGAUUUUCGAUUGCAUGCGGAACCUCACGCGGCAGGAAGGUUUCCUGGUUACCCUCCCUGCAAGCCAUGAGUUUUCGAGCUGUUGCUUGAAUGCAGCUUUCGCUUGGAUAAAGUGCAACGAGCUCCAAGUUCAGGAGCUGGCAGCUGGCGAUGGUUUGUUUGGAGGAUACGCUGAGAUGCCGCGCAAGGACAGUUUCAGUUUCAAUGCUGCAAUUGCGGCCUGCGCCACCAUGCGGCAAUGGUCCCUUUCAGCUUGGCUGUUUGGCGCUGCAAAAGCAGCCCGUGCACUGCCUAACACGGUCAGUUUAAAUGUUGUGCUGCAGGCUUGCAGCAGCAACAGCUGGCGUUUCUCUUUGGGGUGGCUUCAGGCCGGCUACGCAAUGAAGAUGCAGCCUGACACCAUCACGUACACUCUGACAGCGCAGGCCGCUGGCCCCUACCAGCCCAACCGCGGGCUUGACUUGCUUGCAUCCGCAUCGGCGAGGCGCGUGGUGCUGAAGCAGGUAGCAGUCGGUGCAGCAGUGGCAGCUACGCGCAGCUGGUGGCGCUGGGCGUUGACGACUCUUAGUGCUUGCAACGACCUUGGACUUCGUGCAGGAGUUACAGCAUACAAUGCCGCUUUGGCAUCUCGGCUCCUUUCAUGGAAGCGGGCCUUGUCAUUGCUUCGUCACACAGCUAGGGAAGUUCGGAGGGACACCAUCAGUUUUAACUCCGCGGCAAGCUUGGCAAGCGAGACGCACAGCUGGGCAUCAGCUUUCACAUUGCUGGCGGAAGCUGUGGCGGCUGCUGUGCAGCAGGACGUCAUCAGCUGUGACGCCCUUCUUGGGGCUGCAAGCAAGAGCCGAGUAUGGGAGGAGCCGGUUCAGCUGCUCGCCGACUUCCGCAGUCGGGAACUCCGAAGCGACGCAGCUCUGCACAGCCGCAGCCUUCCCAAGGACACCAUGGGCUCUCACUGGCAGCUGUCGCUUCAUGGCUUGCAAGAAGUAACCCAGACAGCCUUGAUGCCUGACGAGAUUAGCUAUGCAAGUGCUUUGGAGGUAUUUGCCGAUGCUUGGGCUGAAGCUAUGCUGCUCCUGAUGGGGCCAAAUUCGCGACGCAGUGCUCACGCCUAUGCGACACUGCUGACUGCUUGCCGAAGCGACUGGCAGUGCGCGCUACAGGUGCUAGGCGCAGCAAAGCGCGACUGCAUGCUGGAUGCGUUCUUCGUAAAUGCAUUGAUCGAUGUGUGUGCCAAAGAGUGGCAGUGGCAGCAUGCUUGGGCGCUGUUGAAUCGGCUGUCUGUCCAGCGGCUGCAGAAGAACAUCGUGAGCUUCAAUGCCGUUCUGGACGCAGUCCGCAAUGCUCGAGCUUGGCGGCCAGCUCUAGAGAUUCAGUCACUGCUUGCAGCAGCAGCACUGGAGGCAGACAUCGUGAGUCAUGUCUCAGCCCUGCACACCUUCUACCUUGCAAGCCAAUGGCAAGUCCUUCUUGCGAGUCAUGUCCCAGGGCCAGACGGCGCAGCCGCGGAGGUCGUGGGGCUGCGCCUUGAGGCAGUGCGGACAGGCAGGCUGCAUGCCGAGUCGGCGAGGCUUCUGGAAGAAUUGGAGCAGACAUCAGCUGCCUGGUUGUGCCGACGGUCUGGAGGGCGAACUGCCAUUUGA